UUAUUCGUAUUCAUUUAACUGCAAAGGAUGCCUCUUCAGAAAUCCUAGAAUUUAUCUGGUCUCUCUUUAACCUUCUUAGAUUGGCGUAUACACUGGACAGUUUGACCCCUUUAUUUUCAGCCGCUGUUUCUAGGGUUUUAGAUUUAGGUCCUUCAUGCCUUUUUCUGCAAUUUGCAGAUGCAUUAAAAUUUUGGAUUUACUGUUUUUUGUCCUUCGUUAAAGAAAAUAUUUUGGUUUUUGCUCCUUCCGGAGGCUAGAAUAUUAUCUGAGGUUUGUGUUUAAGUAGAGAAGAUUGAGAUGGAUGGAUUUGGAGGUGGGGGGCCUGGGGGCGGUGUUCAAGAGUCCUCAAAUCCUCAGAAUCUUAAACCGUUUGGUGCAAAUCCAACAGGAGAUGCAAUAUUUAAUGCGUCACAGUAUGCAUUCUUCGAUAACAAUGUGGUCGAGGAAGUUGAGCUAGGGGGAUUAGAAGAUGAAGAGGGUGAUCUCCCUCCUGUUGGGCUUGAGGAUGAAGAGUUUUUGUUGGACAGAGAAGAGGGUGAUGCACUGGAUUCUUUGUCUGAAAUUGAUGAUCUAGCUAGCGCAUUUUCAAAGUUGAAUGGAGGUGUCUGUGGGCCUAUUGGAGGUCAGAGAUCCAGAGAAAGUUCAUCUGCUGCUGAAUGGACACAAGAGGCAGACUUUCCUAAGUGGUUUGACCAGCGAGCCUUCGAUGCUGAAAGCGCUCGGGACAGUAAAGGAUGGUCAUCACAGCUAUAUUCCUCUGCACAGUUAAUGGAAUCCAAGUCUUUAUACCGAGCAUCUUCAUACCCUGAACCGCCACAGCAACACCCUCAUCAAAACCAGGAGCAAAACCUACAUCAGAACUACUCCAGCGAACCAACUCUUAUUCCAAAAUCACCGUUCACUUCAUAUCCUCCCCCUGGAGGAAGAUACCAGCAAGCUUCACCGAACAGCCUGUCUAUCCACCUGAAUAUUCCAUAUGCCCCUGGUGGAUAUCAAAUGCCAAUUUUGUCGCCCAAUCUUUCUUCUUUGGAUAAUGCGCAGGUUCAAUUAAAUGCCUUACCUAAUGGGUCUCAAUUUGGUGCAAAUUUACCUCAAUCAACCUAUGGGCUUCCAGUUAAUAAUCAGCUUCACAACCAACGGCUGAACCAAAAUAGUAUGCAUCCUGGAGAUCAUUCUAGCUUGCCGAGCAAAAUGUUGCAACAGUUACCCCAUCACAAUGGGUUAAUGCCUCCACAACAGCCUUUGCAGCAAAACAGAAUGAAGCACCCAUUUCAGCCAUCCUAUGGCCAUUUAUCAGGGUUGCAGUCUCAACAUUUUAAUACCCUCCCUCCAUCACCACCCAUGAUGAACAACUUCAACAUGCUUGGGUUGGCUGAAUUUAGAGAUCAGAGAACUAUUUCAAUGCCGAGAAAUAGGCAAGGCUUUCGUUAUCCUCAGCAUGAUUCUAAUUUGGGCAGCCAGAGGAGUGAUAAUGGGUGGCCAAAGUUCAAAUCCAAGUACAUGACAACUGAUGAAAUUGAAAACAUUCUCAGAAUGCAGCUUGUUGCUACUCACAGUAAUGAUCCUUAUGUUGAUGACUACUACCAUCAAGCUUGUCUGGCAAAGAAAUCUGCUGGUGCAAAGUUGAAACAUCAUUUCUGCCCUGCAAUUUUGAAGGAUAGUUCUUCCCGAGCUCGUGCUAAUGAUGAGCCACAUGCUUUUCUCCAGGUUGAUGCUCUUGGGAGGGUUUCUUUCUCUUCAAUUCGCAGGCCUCGCCCACUUCUUGAAGUUGACUCCCCAAAUUCAUCUGGCAGUGCCAGUGCUGAACAGCAAGUGGUUGAGAAGCCUUUGGAUCAGGAGCCAAUGCUUGCAGCUAGGGUGACUAUAGAGGAUGGCAUUUGCCUCCUCCUCGAUGUUGACGAUAUUGACCGAUUCCUACAGUUUAAUCAGAUUCAAGAUGGUGGGGCCCAGUUGAGACAGCGGAGACAAGUUAUGCUUGAAGGUCUAGCAUCGUCGCUUCAGCUUGUAGACCCUCUUGGCAAAAAUGGUCACACAGUGGAUUUGGCUCCUAAAGAUGAUCUGGUGUUCUUAAGGUUAGUUUCCCUUCCUAAGGGCCGGAAACUCCUAUUGCGGUACCUUCAACUUCUUUCUUCUGGUGGUGAACUUACUCGAGUAGUCUGCAUGACCAUCUUCCGUCAUUUGAGGUUCUUGUUUGGUGUACUUCCUUCUGAUCCUGGUGCCUCCGAAACAACAGUAGAACUUGCUAGGACCGUGUCAUCUUGUCUUCAAAAUAUGGAGCUUCAAGCUCUGGCUGCAUGCCUUGCAUCAGUGGUUUGUUCAGCAGAGCAUCCUCCUCUACGUCCUGUUGGAAGCUUGGCUGGAGAUGGAGCUUCUGUUGUUCUUAAAUCUGUCCUUGAGAGAGCAACUCUGCUGCUGACAGAUCCUAAUGCUUCUGGCAGCUGCAGUAUGACUAACAGGGCAUUUUGGCAGGCCUCUUUUGAUGCAUUCUUCGGCCUUCUCACAAAGUACUGCUUUAAUAAAUAUGACUUCGUUAUGCAAUCUUCCCUCAAGCAGGCCUCGCCCACUGUUAUUGGGUCUGAUGCAGCCAGAGCGAUCGGUAAAGAAAUGCCUGUUGAACUCUUACGUGCAAGUCUUCCCCACACAAGUGAGCAGCAAAAGAAACUGCUAUUGGAAUUUGCACAGCGGUCCAUGCCCGUGCUGGGUCUUAGUAGUCAGGGUGGAGAAAGUGGUGGCUCGUGAUUGUGUAUUGGUGUCGUUGUGAAGGAUCCACAAUAGAUUUGCUGCCAAAUUAUAGUGGCACCAUGGAUUGGUGACCGUUUCUGAGUGUCAGUACUCUUAGCAUGCUGAUACUGGUGCUUACUGGAAGAAGUUUGUCAGCGAGUAAUGGAGCCUGAUUGCCUGAAAGAUACUGGUGUUUACCAUAAAGUAAAAGUAAUCCUCUAAGACACAUUGACAGUCUUAUGUUUUUUACAGUUUAAUCGUGUGUUUCGCUCUCAUUGAUGGGAGCUUAUUUUGACGCUCUGUUGUGCAAUACUAGUAGGAGACUGGAUAAAGGUAGGAAUCGUGCAGUUAAAGAAAGAUGCUGCUAAUUUUUCCACGCUUUUGUAUUUGGAGGGUGGCGGGUAAGAGUUCGUUGAAAUGCACCGGAUGGUCGUCAGUUUUAUCCUUUCGUCUGUUCUAUAUUCUUAAACGAGGGAGGUAGUUGAACAGUGGAAGCCGUAGAAGUUUUGUUUCUGUUAACAGUUGGUCCAUUGUGAUUCUUGUUUUAAGUUUGUCUCUCUACAAAAUUGUAUUUGCCUCAGACAAGUUCUUCUUGGGCCGAGGUUGCUGGCUUUGUAUUCCAGCUAUGCAAACAGGGUAGGAUUCUUUCACCUUGUUUCAUUGUGAAGUACGAGAAACUGUCAGUUGUUA